GAAAACACUCUCGCGAGCUCCUCCUUUAUCAUCGUCAUAACGGUCCUUGGUUCAGUGGCUUCACAUCCCAGCAAGCCAAUUAAUAAAGAUAUACAGCACCUGCGCCCUUCGUAUUCGGCUCCCGGCCUGCUUGUCGCAAGUCAUCAUGGCUUGGUCCGCUGUUUUCGUCAUCUCACUCAGUGCGUUCUCGUACUACCUCCUCAGGGUCGUUUACCGCCUCUUUAUUCACCCUCUCUCAGAGCUGCCAGGUCCCAAGCUGGCUGCUGUCACCUCUCUCUACCAGGCUUAUUAUGACACGCUGGUGGGCAGAGACGGUGGCUGUUACACGACUCAGGUUGUCCAGAUGCACAAGCGCUACGGUUCUAUCGUAAGGACUGGGCCUAACGAGGUCCAUGUGAAUGAUCCAGACUUUGCUGAUAUCCUUUUAUCUGCCAAAUUGAAGACUACAGGCAAACAUCUCUAUUCGAGGAAUCUCUUUGUUGAGACUAGUUCUCAAGUACGUGAUACUACCGCUCAAUAUUUCUCUGCGUCGGCCGUCAUAGAGCGAGAGUCUCUUAUUCAUCGAUAUGCUCAGAAGUUCUGCGACCAAGUCGAAGCUAAUUGGGCUGGCGAGAGCCCGUUAGACCUUGUAGACGCUUACUCGUGCUUUGCCGUAGAUCUCCUCAGCGACUACUGCCUCAGCAAGCCUUUCACGACACUAGAUGAUCGUACUUUCAAAAGCAGUUUACGGUCACAGUGCUUGGCUGACAUCAAGGCAGCCAGGAGCUCGCAAUAUUUCCCUUUUGCGAGAAUAUUCGCCCCUCGAUCUCCUCUCCUUACUACCCUUCUCCAUCAAACAACAAGUACAGAACUUACCACCCGUCCAUCCCAAUCGACCUCCUCUCCACCCCGUCUCAGUCUCAUUCAAACACUCAUACGCACCUCACUUCCGCCCCGGUCUAGCACCACACCUUCAGGCUCCUCUGCCAUCGCCCUCAAUAUCACCUCUUUGAAUCUCUACGCCGAGCACAUCCACUCCCUCCUUCUCACUUUCACCGUCCCCGUCUCCACCACCCUCGCCCUCGCAACACACCAGCUCCUCUCCCAUCCUCGUUUCCUUGCUCGCCUACGUGCCGAUCUGACUCCUUACGUGCUUGAUCCAACACAUCUCCCGCCUAUGGAAACGCUGCGCAAGAUACCGUACAUGACGGCGGUUCUACAUGAGAGUCUGCGGCUGUCGUGUGGAAUCACGGGUCAAAUAGGGACUGUUGCAGCAGAGCCCGUGGUGUAUACAGAUGAGAAGGCAAGGGACGGGAAAGGAGGCAGCGGGAAGAAGGAGUACGUACUGCCGCCCGGCACACGAAUCAGUACAUCAUCCGUGAGCUUGCACAGUAACGCGAGUGUAUUUCCCGAACCCGCGCGCUUUGCACCACAGCGCUGGUUACACGACGGUAAGCGGCGCGAGAAUCUAGAGAAGUAUCUGAUUCCCUUCGGGCGUGGAGAAGGACGGUAUGUCGCUGCCGAGCUCGCGAUGAGCGCGCUUUACGUGUGCCUCGCAGCAGUUGUGAUGAGACUAGCAGCCAAGAUGAAAGUGCACGACACGAGUGUGGCAGAUGUGCGGUCUAGAAGAGAGGAUUUUGGGAAGUUUCUGCAGGGAGUGGAAAGAGCACGGGUUGUGGUUAGAGAGAGCUAAAUGAGAUUUUGGGGCCAACCUCGUCCAUGGAUUGACAAUCAAAGCUGAAUCCAAAAGUGAUAGGUCCAAUUUGACAUUCAUCCAUUCACGCUUUAGGGACCUCGUACGUCCAUGUGAAGAGCAAUGACCGAAGUCGUGCCGGGCAGUCGGGACCGAUAUUAUCUAGCAUGGAAAUAGAAGUAGAGAUUCGCAAAUUGCCGGGUUCGGCUGCGAGAAGCCGAGUGCAGAGCAAAUGGCUGCUCUCCAGGACCUUGUAGGGUUAGAUUCAUGCUGCAGUGUCGAGACAGACUACUGGCAAAGGAGUCUUAUGAUAUGAGUAAGGGCAUGUAAGAGCUACCCUCA